UUCCGAAAAGAAAUAGAAAUAGAAAUGAAAUUAAUCCUUGAGUUAAUUUGGGGUUGAUUACAUCUUUUGCGAAUUUAGGGAUUUGAGUUCACUCUCACUCUCACUCUCGCAUUUCAAUUUCAAUUUCAAUUUCACACUCGCUCUCGCUUCUGCGAAAGGGUUAUCGUUAUUGCUUGAUUGAAUUGCUGCUGUAAAAGUAGUGGAAAAUUUGUGAAUUGCUGCUGCUGUAAGAGGAAGAAGAAGAAGAUGCAGAAUAAAGAAGCAGUCUCUGAAGAUGGUGAAAUAGGGUCUGAGUGGAACAAUUUUGGAGACGAUGAUAUAAUGCAGCAGCAACAUUCAAUUCAAGCUGAUCAAGCCAACAAAGUUCCAUUUGUUGGUGACAAGGAGCCGUUAUCUAGCUUGGCUGCUGAAUAUCAAUCAGGCAGUGCUAUUUUGCUCGAGAAAAUCAAGGUGCUUGAUCAGCAAUAUGCUGCCAUUCGGCGAACUCGCGGAGAUGGAAACUGCUUCUUUCGCGGCUUCAUGUUUUCGUACCUUGAGCAUGUUCUGGUAUCUCAAGACCAAGCUGAAAUUGAUCGUAUCCAAGCCAAUGUUGAAAAAAGUAGAACAGCACUGCAGACCUUGGGUUACACAGAGUUAACUUUUGAAGAUUUUUUUUCGUUAUUCAUUGAGCAGCUGGAAAGUGUUAUUCAAGGGAAAGAGACUUCCAUAAGUCAUGAAGAGCUUGUUCUUAGAAGCCGAGAUCAGUCAAUAUCUGAUUAUGUUGUUAUGUUCUUCAGAUUUGUUACCUCUGCUGAAAUACAGAAGCGCUCAGAAUUUUUUGAACCUUUCAUACUGGGCUUAACUAACACGACAGUUGAGCAGUUUUGCAAAUCAUCUGUUGAACCAAUGGGUGAAGAGAGCGAUCAUGUGCACAUUACUGCCCUUUCAGACGCAUUGGGCGUUCCAAUUCGUGUUGUGUACCUUGACCGCAGCUCAUGUGAUACUGGUGGUGUCAGUGUUAAUCAUCAUGAUUUCAUGCCAGUUGCUGGUGAUCUCCCAAAUGCUAGUAGCUCUGAAAAGAAUACUCCUUUCAUCACGUUACUAUAUCGCCCUGGUCACUAUGAUAUCCUCUACCCAAAGUGAUGAGUGAUGACCUCUUGGGAAGCUCCGUUACUUGUUGCUUUUUAUAUGAUCUGUACUUUGUAUCUUGUUAAUGUUGAAUGGUCAAUUGUCUAAAACGUGUUACCUAUUUUGAAGAGAUUGAUCAACAAAGUACAUCAAGAUUAACACAUUAAUAAUCAAAACUCACCUUGAUUGCUA